AUGAAGUACACCAUCAUCCUCAGCGCCCUGGCCGCCCUGGCCGCUGCCGCUCCGACACUUUCCCCUCGCAACGAAGACAUCUAUGCGACCUUCUACAAUGACGAUUCUUGCACCCAGAACAAGGGCAUUGCUGUCAACGUCCGCAACCCAGGCUGCCUCAACGAGUCUGGCCGCCGAUCCAUCUAUUUCCAAGGUGGAUUCAAUGACUCCGACGUUAUGCUCGUCGAGAGCCCUGGCCAGAACUGCCCUUGCCAGUCUCACUGCGACCCUAUCAACUUGAACGCUCACGCCAGCAAUCCGUUCUGCCUGGCUAUCGACUUGACCGCCUACCAGUCGGUCCGUUUCGUCGGAGGUACCAGAUGUUCCGCCAACAACUGCUAA